AUGGAUAAUGGGCUGUACUGGAAGCUGAAGAGUGAAUGCCUGCCGCUAGACGUGAGCAAGCAUCUGGAGGAGAACGACCUCGAGGGGUUGCUGAGCUACGAGGGGCUGAUCCAGGAGAUAAAAGCAGAAAAUUAUGAGGUAGUAAAUUUCCUAUCGAAGGAGGAAAAUCUGAGAAAAAUAAUAAAGUACAUAACAGAGGAAUCGGAAGAUAAAGGUAAUUACGACAAGGCAUACAAGUUUCCCUACAAAUGUCACCAAAUAAUAAAUGCAGAGAAUAAGCUGAUCACAGAUUCGCUUGUCUACAAUGACAAGCUGAUGAAGUUGUUCUGGAGUUUUGUUCUGAGGAAAAAUCAACUAAAUGAAGUUUUAUCAGGUUACUUUAGCAGAUGUGCUAUAACGAUUUACAAUAAAAAUACAACGGAAGUUGUAAAUUUUUUGAAGAGGAAGAAGGAACUUUAUUUAAAAGGAUUCCUUUAUCAUUUCUACUCGAGAAAUAUUACUGAGCUUUUCAAGGUUCUACUAUUUGUUAAAAUGCCAUACCUCUGUAUAUUCGACAACAAGGACAUUAUUUUUUUUAUUUUAAGCAAUUUGAAUGGAAAUUUUUCUAACGAAACAUUUAUCAUUUGUGAUCGCGAGGAUAAUAUCACUUGUCUCAUUAGAGAUAUCUUUGUUAGAAAAUCAGAAAUCUAUUAUUUUAAUUAUUUUCUAAUAGAUUUAUCGUCUCAGUUAUCUUUCUCCUACUUAAUAAAGUGCGUUUUUUCUGAAUGCCCCUAUACCAUUUCAGCUGCUAUUACAAUAAUUUCAGAUCUCCUACAUUAUACUGUGUUGGGCAAGUCUUACAACACCAUCGAUUUUUAUGAAUGCCUUGAUUUGUACACGAAGGAACAGGACCAGAAGAACAAGCAACUUAAACAGAUGGAGGAGUGCAAAUAUACUAGGAAGAAAAAAAAAAAAAGGAAAUCAAAUAAAGUUAUUGAUGAAGAAGCCAUUUAUAAUUCUUCCAAAGCUCAUGCCAGUUGCGUUAACCAGGUACGAGAAUCGGAUGAAAUACUCAUGGGGGGUUCUUGCAAUGUGUAUGAUCAGUAUGGAAUUAAUGGUCCCUCUGUUGGCAUGCCCGCCGGGUUUGCAACAACGCCCAUGAAUUAUUCACACGGAGAGACGCCAUCCGAUGUAGAUAACAUCGAGGAGGAGGAAAAGAGAGAAAUUGAGAAGAGCGAGCUGGAAAGGGAGAAGGAAGGUAAGGUGUCAAGCAGGGGUACAGCAAAGGUUGUUACAAAUGUUAGCGGAAAUUCAGGUGAAGGAUUCAAUGCAAACUUUUAUUCACUUAAGCAGACAAACCAUGUGAAUAAGAAGAUCAAGGAUGAAAUGCAGACAAUUGGAGUAGUAACUCCGCAUGGAGAAAACGACCCAGAGAAGAACCACAACACGUUACCUAGUAUGACGGAGGAACUAAGCAAGGCGGAGUUCCAACCAGAGGGAGACUCUCCCUUCAGUAUGCAGUUUGAAUCACACGCAGGGGAACAGUACCCACAUGAUGAGGAUCCCACUGAAAGGGAAAUUUUCAAAAAUGGGGGCGUCCAAACAGGUGAGGAAAACAAGAUCAUUGGUGACGGAGUAGAGAUUUCCAAUAGCAAUGGUGGAAGCCUUUCGUGGGAUCUAUUACGGGUAAGCGAAAAUGACAAUGGGGAUAUUCAAAAGGAACAAAUUGGUGCAGAGGCGCAAAGUGGUCUAGAAGGAUCAGCCGGUGAAUCGCUACUUGCGCAUCAGAAUGCAGUUUCCUAUUACUAUCCAUGUGGGGAUGGCAGCCAGGAGGGGGAUAGAGACUUUCUAAUUGGAGGUAACCAGAGGAACGAGCACGCGCAAGUGUCGAAUAUGCACACAUAUAGCAAUGGACACGAAAGUGAGGAUAACAGGAAUAACGGAAUAGGAAAAAUCGUGAAGGAGGCAAAGAACGAGCGCAACAGUGAUAACGAUAAUUGCCUCUCCUGCGGGUCAGAUGCGUCAUCAUCUGAUUCAUCGGAUGACGACAAUUACGACCAUCUGAAAAAAAUAAAAUUUGAAGAUGUCCUAAAUAGAAUGAAGAGAAUAGCUAGUAACCCAGUACACGUGAAGGAGGAAACUGAAGGAUAUAUCAGCAAUGGAAGAAACACACUCAAUCGCACUCAAAGUAAUGAAAAGAAAAAAAUGAAAGAAGACAUAUUUGGAAUUGAUUCGAAUAACUGUACAGAGAAAUUUCCUAACGCAAGUAACAACGAAGAAGAAAAUUUCCAAAUUUUUGAAAGCGAAAAAGAAGGAGAUAUAAAUAUCCCCUUGAAUAAAUGGGUACAGUACCUUGAAAAUGGCACCUUCAUAGACAUAUGCUUUUUUAGCUAUAUAAAGGAUAUUAUGAAAUUGUAUAUAAAAAAUAUAAAUAAAAAUAAAGGAAAAAAUAUGCUGGGUUUUACUACCUUGGAAAUUAUACAAUUAAUAAAGACUCUUAUAAAAACAAAAUCGAAAAAUAUUUUAACAGAAAUUAUCGAUGAAGGUUUUUUUGAUAUUUCCAUUGAUAUUUUUUUUAAAUACAAAUGGAAUAAUUUGUUACACAUUUCUGUGUGUGAUUUAAUGCAAACCAUCAUAUUUAAGGAAAAUGAAUAUUCUUACCUUCUCUACUACAUUUUAGCAUUAACUACCUUUUUGCCAAAAUGCCUGCGCUACUUCGAUGCUGUCAGACGGUGUAGAAAUAUUAAAAAUAAAAAAAGAAAAAAAAAAAUUGAAAGUUUAAUUGAUUGUGGGUAUAAAGCACAUCUACUUCAUAUUUGCCAAAUUUUGAGUAACAAAUCUUUGGAAAUAAAAUGGCUUUCCAAUUUCCUUGUGACCGUUUCGGGGUGGAAUGACAUCAUCAUAGAGGAACUAAAUCACUACUCCUUAUAUUUCAACGAUGUGAAUUAUGGAGAUGAAAAACGGGCAGAGGAAGAUGACCACGGGGAGAUAAUCUCCAAUGGUCUGUGUACCCAACCGGACAACUCCAUGACGCACCACCACCUGAACAACGUCGGGGGGAGUAGUGGGGCGAAUAGGGAAAGGCUCAUCGGCGAUGACGCCAGUGGAAACUCCAAUCAGUGCAUGAAUAGAAAUUACCACUACGAUGAGGAGGAAGACGAGGACGAUCAGCAGGAAAGCUCCAACCUCGGUGGUCAUGGCGACCGCGCAAACCAUACCAAUGGUGGGAGUGGAAAUGGCACAGCUAUACAGAAUGACGAGCGAGAACCCAGAACAAGCAACCACGACCGAAACGACAACUGCUUUAACAACUACUCCAAUGUUAUCGAUAUCCUUUUCGAUGAACAUAAAAAUGAUUACAUAAAAUACGAGGAUGAGUACCACGAGGGUAACUCCAAUUAUAGUUUAUCUUCCAACUGCACCUUUGGAAAUCACGAUGCGCAUGCAGAGGAUAUGAACAGGUUGGAUGACAACUACAAGAAACAGGGUGACUAUGGCCUUGGGAACUACAAGGGCGGGUAUGAAGAGCAGGAAGGGCACCAUAAGGAUGGUCAUCCCGAAGGAGAUCCCUUCGCCAACACCGGGAACAGCUACCUCUUCGAUCGGGGGGAUGGAAAUCGAAACAACGAUCACGAUCGCGACCAGAACCACCUCGACUUGAAAAACGGCUCGGACCCCUUCGGAGAAAAUUGA